CAGAUCUAGACCGUUCAUUUACCAACCUGGCUCGUCUCGUCGCUUAUAUAAAGAAGGGGAAGGCAUUUCCACGCGGAAGAUCGGAAUUGGAUUCAAGAGGAAGAAGAAGGUGAAAGAGAUGGCGAGGAAGAAGAUCCGCGAGUACGAUUCCAAGCGCCUAAUCAAAGAGCACCUCAAGCGCCUCACCGGCAUUGAUCUACAGAUCCGUUCGGCUCAGGUAACAGAAUUGACGGACUUAGAUGAGUUGGCGAACAGGGAAGCAUGGCUUUCGUCUCAGAAAUUGGUGGUGAAGCCGGACAUGCUGUUCGGGAAGCGUGGGAAGAGUGGUUUGGUGGCUCUUAAUUUGGAUCUAUCUCAGGCAACUCAGUUUGUUAACGAACGCCUAGGAAAGGAGGUUGAGAUGGGAGGAUGCAAGGCUCCCAUCACCACAUUUAUUAUUGAGCCAUUUGUACUACAUGAUCAAGAGUACUACCUCUCCAUUGUGUCUGAGAGAUUGGAUUGCACCAUCAGCUUCUCAGAGUGUGGAGGCAUUGAAAUAGAGGAGGACUGGGACAAGGUUAAGACGGUCUAUCUUCCCACAGAGAAGGCCAUGACAGAUGAGGCAUGCGCUCCGUUGGUCGCAUCCCUACCCUUGGAGAUACGAGGAAUAAUAGGGGAUUUCAUAACCGGAGUUUUUGCUGUGUUCCAAGAUUUGGACUUCAGUUUUAUAGAGAUGAACCCAUUUACUUUAGUAAAUGGCGAACCAUACCCACUGGAUAUGCGCGGAGAAUUGGAUGAUACGGCUGCUUUCAAGAAUUUCAAAAAGUGGGGAAACAUAGAUUUUCCACUUCCUUUUGGUAGAGUCCUAAGCUCCACUGAGACAUUUGUUCACGAACUUGAUGAGAAGACUAGUGCCUCCUUGAAGUUCACCGUCUUAAAUCCCAAAGGACGCAUUUGGACAAUGGUGGCUGGUGGUGGUGCCAGUGUCAUUUAUGCCGAUACGGUUGGAGAUUUGGGUUAUGCAUCUGAACUUGGUAACUAUGCCGAGUACAGUGGUGCUCCGAAUGAAGAUGAUGUCCUUCAAUAUGCUAGAGUUGUUCUUGAUUGUGCAACUGCAAAUCCUGACGGUCGGAAGAGAACUCUCCUCAUUGGAGGUGGUAUAGCAAACUUCACUGAUGUUGCUGCUACAUUCAAUGGCAUCAUCAGGGCCUUGAAGGAGAAGGAAUCAAAGCUCAAGGCUGCAAGGAUGAACAUUUUUGUCCGAAGAGGAGGCCCAAAUUACCAGACCGGUCUGGCAAAGAUGAGGAAACUGGGCGAGGAGCUUGGGAUUCCUCUUGAGGUUUACGGACCCGAAGCAACAAUGACUGGAAUUUGCAAACAAGCAAUAGACUGCAUCAUGUCUGAUGCAUAAUUGACCUCUGUGACUCUCUGUUGCUUCAGGAGUCUAUGAAAGAUGCGUGAAUUAGAAUAGUUGCUCUUGAACUAAUUCUACAAGUUUUGCCAAGUAAACUCUGACGAUGAAGAUAAAUUCUUCAUAAUUUUAGAUGAAGUAAAAGGUUUUUGUGUUGCAU